GGGGCGUGGUCACUCCGAAGCUGGAGACACAGGGCCUGGCUCUGCAACUGGGGUGUGCUUUUUUUCCUGCUGUGGAUGGCGCUCUGGUCUUGGCACUACCCUUUCUCCCUUAGCUGCUACCUCAUGGAGACCUUCAUGGCCGCCGUCCCUGCCGGGAGCUGCUUCUCCUUCUUCCUGCUCCUGGCCUGCGGGACCCUGGUGGCCGCCCUGUUGGGCGCAGCGCACUGCCUGGGGCUCUUCUAUCAGCUGAUGCACAAGGUGGACAAGGCAAGUGUCCGGCAUGGUGGGGAGAAUGUGGCAGCUGUGCUGAGGGCCCAUGGUGUGCGGUUCCUCUUCACGCUUGUUGGUGGGCACAUUUCCCCACUGCUUGUGGCCUGCGAGAAGCUGGGCAUCCGGGUGGUGGACACACGCCAUGAGGUUACUGCUGUCUUUGCUGCCCAUGCUGUGGGCUGCCUGACUGGGAUUGUGGGUGUUGCAGCGGUAACUGCAGGCCCUGGCCUCACCAACACAGUGACUGCAGUGAAGAAUGCUCAGAUGGCCCAGUCCCCGGUCCUGCUUUUGGGUGGGGCUGCUCCUACUCUGCUGCAGAACCGGGGUGCACUCCAGGCCAUUGAUCAGAUGUCCCUGUUCCGGCCACUCUGCAAGUUCUGUGCAUCUGUGCGAAGGGUACGGGAUAUUGUGCCCACCCUGAGGGCUGCAAUAGCUGCUGCCCAGUCAGGCACCCCAGGUCCAGUGUUUGUGGAGCUUCCCGUUGAUGUGCUGUAUCCCUACUUCAUCAUCCAGAAGGAGAUUAUGCCAGCCACGCUGCCCAAAGGCCUCAUGGGUCGAGGGGUCUUCUGGUACUUAGAGAAUUACUUGGCCAACCUCUUUGCAGGGGCCUGGGAGCCUCAGCCUGAGGGACCCCUGCCCCUGGACAUCCCCCAGGCAUCCCCCCAGCAGGUCCAGCGAUGUGUGGAGCUCUUGAGCCGAGCCAAGAGACCCCUGAUUUUGCUAGGAAGUCAGGCCCUGCUGUCCCCGACACCUGCUGAUAAGCUUCGUGCUGCCGUGGAGACUCUGGGUGUUCCUUGCUUUCUUGGGGGGAUGGCAAGGGGACUACUGGGCCGCAACCACCCCCUUCACAUCCGGGAAAACCGCAGUGCUGCCUUGAAGAAGGCAGAUGUCAUUGUCCUGGCAGGAGUUGUGUGUGACUUCCGUCUAUCCUAUGGUCGUGUCCUCAGCCGCAACAGCAAGAUUGUCAUUGUCAAUCGUAAUCGGAAAGAGAUGUUGCUCAACUCAGACAUCUUCUGGAAGCCCCAGGAGGCUGUGCAAGGAGAUGUGGGCUCCUUCAUGUUGAAGCUGGUAGAAGGCCUUCAGGGCCAGACAUGGGCCCCAGACUGGGCAGAAGAGCUGAGGGAAGCUGACCGGCAGAAGGAGCAGGCCUUUCAGGAGAAGGCAGUGAUGCCUGUGACCCAGCACCUGAACCCACUGUGGGUGCUGCAGCUGGUGGAGGAAACUCUGCCUGACAACUCAUUUCUGGUAGUUGAUGGUGGGGACUUUGUAGGCAGUGCUGCCCAUGUGAUACAGCCCCGUGGCCCCCUGUGUUGGCUUGAUCCUGGAUCCUUUGGGACUCUGGGAGCUGGUGCAGGAUUUGCACUUGGGGCCAAGCUGAGCCGGCCUGAUGCUGAGGUCUGGUGCUUAUUUGGGGAUGGAGCCUUUGGAUACAGCCUCAUUGAGUUUGACACAUUCGUCAGACACAAGAUCCCAGUGAUUGCCUUGGUAGGGAAUGAUGCAGGCUGGACUCAGAUUUCUCGGGAGCAGGUGCCCUGCCUGGGCAGCAAUGUGGCCUGUGGCCUGGCCUACACUGAUUAUCACAAGGCAGCCAUGGGUCUGGGAGCCCGGGGCUUACUGCUCUCACAGGACAACAAGGACCAGGUGGUCGAGGUGUUGCGUGAUGCCCAGCAGCAGUACCGAGAUGGCCACCCAGUUGUAGUCAACAUCCUUAUUGGGAGGACAGACUUCCGUGAUGGCUCCAUUUCUGUAUAGGACCUUGUGGGUCAGUAUGCUUUGUUCCCUUUCUAACCAUGGACUGUGCUCAGCUGGUUUGGAGUCUCAUCUUUACCUGCCUUGGGCCUAUCCCAUGAGGCCCAAUGACUCUGCUGCCUCCUCUGAGCAGGGGAUGGAGGGAUCAAAGUUCAGAGAGGCUCCCUGGCUGCCCUGGAGAACUCAUGGACCUUUCCCCCAUGGGUCUAACUGUGCCCUUGUCAUUCUUCCCCUUCUCUCUUAAAGACUGAAUAAACCACUCUGGCCUACAUAGGCCUAAGUA